AUGGCGAGCGCCGAGAUGGACCCUCUGCUGCUGCUCCGACAGUCAAUCGCUUCGAGCAGCGCCAUCCUCCCAACCGCGUCCGACGAUGUAUCAGCUCCCGAGGUCGCACUAUCCAAGGCCACACACCUCACAUUCACCACCCCGUCCAGAAUAUCACUACCGAUCACGACCCCGACGCGCUUCGUGGCCAAUGACACCGCCGUCGACUUGCGCAGCAUCUACUUUCUGUGGCUGAAGCGCGAGCUGCCCAUUCCCGAGUACAAUGCAGCCGUGGCACAGCUGGACAGCGAGCUGGCCGACGGCAAGAUCCACAAGCCGGCCUACUUCGAACGAGUCGAGUUGAUCGCCUGGCUCGAGGGCUCCAGCGAGGAGAGUGAAUACAUCAAGCCGCUGGCUGGCGACAAGGAUGGCGCAGCGUCCAGCGCCGCCGCCGCCCUGGCUUCCAAAGGCGCUGCUGCCCCGGCCAUCGGCUCUACUGUUGGACGGUCCGGCAAAGGAACCCUAGACCCGCGCCUGGCCGUGAUAUACAACAGCGAACGAAGGACGGGAGACCGGAACAGCGCGCUGCGCGGGAUCAAGCCGACAGACUUUUCACAUGUGCGGAAGAUUGCGGCUCCCUUCUUAUCCAAGAAGCCUGUUCAGCCAUCCACGAACAUCUCGUCGAACCCUUCUCUGGCCCUCAACCCGAAACAGAGGCGGCCCGAUCCUAUCAUCCUCCUCUCACCAUCCGCCUCCUCGCUUCUACGCAUGACGAACGCCAAAUCAUUCCUCGAGAACGGCAAAUUCGUCCCGGCCGACUCGCCCCUGGCAUCGGCCGAGGGGAGCACCAUGUUGCACAUCAAUCGCCUCAUGAAAGACAUCGACCCCAACAGGUCGCUGCGCUUCGUCCUGGUGGAAGGCACGGAGAGAUUCAAGCCCGAGUACUGGAACCGCGUGGUUGCCGUCUUCACCACUGGCCAGUCCUGGCAGUUCAAGAACUACAAGUGGACCAACCCGCACGACCUUUUCCGUCACAUCCCGGGCAUCUACGUGGGCUGGCGGCAAGACAAGACGCCCGAGGCGGUGCAGGCUUGGGGCCACAGGGUUACCACGGUGGGUGUCGAGAGAUGGAAGGAUGUUGGCUCGGACGCGGGCCGAUGGCGGGACCGCGAGGUGGUGGAUUCGAUUUGGAGGGUCAUUGAGAGCAACAUGAGAAGCAAGGGCUGGACAAGGGACCGAGCCCCGGCUUCGAUAUGA